AUGGAUGUCGCUGUCGUUAUCCAAGGUUUCCGUGGCAAAAAUGGGAAAUUCUUGCCAAAUGAAAUUGCUGUUGCUAAUACUGAGGGAGUAUUUCUUUCGCACUGGAUUUUGAAUGCACCUUACCUGUACUUAGACCAUACCACCUGCCGGCGUGAGACGAACAAUAGACUCACAACCAACAAUCACGGAAUCGAGUGGCAUGAUGGGGAUACAGAAGUGCGGGACGCUUUACAUAAUAAUGGAGAGCUGUGCAGAAAUGUUCGCUGUAUUUUUAUUAUUGGUGGUGAGGAGGCUGUAUAUCUCCAGAUCUUAUCUGCACGAGAGACCAUAAAUUUAGGCACAGAGACGGAUUUUAGAAACAAUACAUGUCUGCAGAAUGAAGAAAAGACUGUGUGUUACAUCCAUGCCAUGAAAAACAAGAUGGACGUUCAGAUGUUUAACUGCGCCUUACAAACCGUUUUGAAUAUACGUAAUCAUUUAAUUCAUAAGAAGUGGGAGGAGAAUACAACGCGUCAGUGUUCAAGAUCCGAGAACGAUGACGUGUUCGACGACGCCGACACUCAAAAUAUCGACGCUAAAACCCCUGUUCGUAAAUGUAUUUUCAAUAUUUUUGAACAGUUUUGCACAUCAAAUUGA